CGUAAACCUGGAUAAGUUUGUUUUGAAGGGUUUCCACAUUAUAAGCAUCGGGAUUUAAUAGCAUUAAGAUUGUCAAGUAUUUUUAUUUUUCCGCUGGUGAUUGGUGGUGCUUAACGAUGGGAAGACAGCCGUGCUGUGAUAAACUAGGGGUGAAGAAAGGGCCGUGGACGGCGGAGGAAGAUAAUAAACUCAUCAACUUUAUACUAACCAGCGGCCAAUGUUGUUGGCGUGCUGUCCCUAAGCUCGCAGGCCUCCGCCGGUGUGGGAAGAGCUGUCGUCUCCGGUGGACCAACUACCUUCGUCCUGACUUGAAGCGUGGCCUACUCACUGAGUCUGAAGAACAACUGGUUAUUGAUCUCCAUGCUCGUCUCGGAAAUCGGUGGUCUAAAAUCGCAGCAAGAUUACCAGGACGAACGGAUAACGAGAUUAAGAAUCAUUGGAACACUCAUAUCAAGAAAAAACUCAUAAAAAGAGGAAUUGAUCCUGUCACUCACGAACCACUUGAAAAGGAAUCUCCAGACACAAAGACCUCAUCUUGUCCAGGAGAACACUCCUCAGAAUCUGAAAAUAACAGCCUUUCACCACAGCUCGAAAGCAUCAACGCUACAGGAAACUCGGAGGAGAACUCAAGCUUCUCACCACCUGAAAAUUGUUUAACUUUGAGUGAUGAACCACAUAAAUUGUUUGAUAGCCUUUGUGAAGAUGAAAUGUUGUUAAGCUACCUUCUAGGUGAUGAUGAGCCUCCACUAGUUGAUACAACGACUUGGGAGUUACCAAACACUGCACAAAACUUCAAUAACUUUAGUUCGUGGGAUGAUUGUGCUACGUGGCUAUUUGAUUGUCAAGAUUUUGGAGUUCAUGAUUUUGGGCUGGACUGUUUCAAUGAAGUUGAGAUGAACAUCUUAGACAGACUAGAGACCGGAAAGAAACAACAAAAAUGAAGUUAUUUAGUUCAAAGGAAUAAGAUUGUCAUGUUCUUGAGCUCAUUUAAUCAUUCAUGGAAGUCCAAUGAGUUUGUAGAACAGUAGUACAGUCCCAAUCCUGAGAACUAGAUUAAAAUGUUGGCCCGAUUUUUUUACCAUGGUAGAAUGAGACGAUUCAUCUAAGAGUCUGAAAGAGAAACAAGUAUUAAUUAAUGUAUAUUACUAAUAUUACACAUGUUGGGAAUUAGUGAAUUUUGUGUUUUUAGUUUUACUAAGCACCAUGUAUAUGAUGGUAGAAGAAAACUCAAGCCUUAAAAGAGAUUUCUCCCCAUCAAUUAGGUAAACGUCAUCAAACAACAAAAAGGUGUAGCUACUUAGAAAAUAUGGUUAAAGUAGGA